GAUGCAUUUUCUUCUGUUUUUUUAAACCUCAAUAAUAGGAUUGGUAACGAUGAAUUAGCAACAUUGUAUCGGGCAGGUUCAAGACGAUGGGAUUAUAAUGUUCAGAGAAAUGCGGUCAUUUUUAAGGAUGGUAGUGAGGUUCGGAAUACUGUAAUUCCCAAUAUAUUUGAUUAUAGGACUCAGGUUUAUGAUUAUUGUAAUUGGUUGGUUUCGAGUGGUGAUAAUGUUGGUCCAAGAUCUCUUAAUCAAGAUCAAGUUCGUAAGAUUGAACAGAUUUGUGAUAAUUUUGGAAUCGAAAACAAAGGGAGCGUUGAUUUGAGAUUGGAUA